UGCAUUUUUCAUGGUCCUCGAUUCGAUUAGUCAUAAUCAAAUCACUGCAUCACUUGUCUUGUGACCAAAGAAAAAAACCGGCCAUCAGCAUGAUUCUGCCAAUUGCUCUGAUAAUCUUCAGUUGCUCGGGUUUGCUCCCGAACGCUGCCGCCAUUUACUGGGGGGACUGGGGCCUGUUUCAAUGCUGUCCCGACAAUGCACCCGCAAUCGGUUUCAAAUUAAAAACUGAAAGGCCACAGGGAUGGGGAGACGACACGGCCCUAAAUGGAAUUUAUCUCAAAUGUCAAUCGAAUUCGUGGGUUUCGUCAAGCGUAGGACCCUGGGGAGGUUUCGGUAACGAAUUCAUCUGCCCGGCAAAUACUUUCCUGACGUCGUGCCAACUGCGUGUGGAAGGCCGUCAAGGACGAGGAGACGACACAGCAGCCAACAAUAUGAACUGCAAGUGCAGCAACGGCCAAAUAUUGUCCGGAGACGGUACGCACUGGGGCGGUUGGAUGGCCUGGUCUGCUGAAUGUCCCACGGGCAUCUGUGGUCUGAAAACACGCGUCGAAGGCCGUCAAGGUGCUGGUGACGACACUGCUCUCAAUGAUGUUUUAUUUAGAUGUUGCUAGAUGAUACGUGUAGGCUACAGGCUUGAAUGGCUCCUGAUAAAUGUUGAUUCAACUACGUUGGGUGAAGGCUUUGAUCGUCUGGGGUUUGAACGCAUUUUGCUUGAGAGAAAAUGUCACGAACUUCUUUGGGUCAAUAAACACAUUUUUCAUUUGCCGUGGAAA